AUGGCCGAGCUAGAACGGCAAGCUUCACUCUCUGAGUCACCUCCCGAGCCGGAUCAAGUUGCUGAGGCAGAACCUACACGUCGCUCAAUCACCUCAUCCGCAUUGACGUCUUUACUACCAAUAGCUGCAGCAUCGGGUAUCGUUCGCCCCAACUACGACAUACCGAAGAUUUCAUUCUUCUCGCCGUCCGGCAAUCUUAUCCAGCCAGAGGGUAGUUCGACGCCAGGCACUACGAGCGCUUCGGACUUCAGCGGCUCACCCACUGCAACCACAUCGUACUACGAUAACAAAACCACACCUGCGACCUAUCGUGCGUUCCCGACAACGACAUGCCUGCCACCCCCAAGGCCCUCUUUGAGGCCAAUGACCACCCCACCCACAUCGUCGGUUCCGCUCCCUAUGCACCUACGUUUCCAUCACAACUACAGACGCCCUGAGCAGUCGCAGAUCGACUCUACGGUUGGCUCCACAGACUCAUUCAUCUUGCCUGCACCGUUAGUUCAAGGCUGCGACGGAAUAGCGCAAACCGAAAGUCCUGCGCCUUACUCCAGACCUCGUCAUUCGUACGAGAAGCCGAAGGUACGCCCGCGCUACAAACCUCGCAGAUCAGCUCGAUCAUUCGCCGAGGACCUCAAAUACGAGGCGAGCUACCACAGAGCCCGAUUGAUCACGGCCAUCAUCGCAAGUUGCACCUCGUCUGGAAAAGGAAGGGUCCUUCGCAAGCGAAAGGCUGCGAACCGUAGAGCCGCAGCAACCGCAUACGUUAGCAUGCCCCGGAGCUGCGCAGGUGAGGCUACAAUCAGGUCCAGAAAGAAACGGAUACACCCCCGUCAACCCACAGCUCGGCGCGACGUAGGGGUCCUCGGACCGCUUGCCGGGCACAUACUACGGAUUUGCUUCUGCCAGCCAUACGACGGCGCCGGCAAGACGACAGCCAGCGGCGCUACCAACAAGACCUGCAUCAGCAAGAGCAGCAGCAAUCACACAAGGAACACUCGCAGCGUAUCGAAGAAGGAAAGCCCUCGCUCCAACGCAAACGACGUCGACGUGGAUGCAGCCUUACCCAACGCGCGGGUCGUGACCGGAACCGAACGGAAGGUCAGCAACACCGUACGCCAGCGCACCACGGUCCGCAAGGAGAAGAGACACUCGUCCACCGGCACCAGUCACCACUCCAGAACGCGCAGUGACAGUGCCGUCAGCGUGGGUGUGGCACCCAGCACCGCUACCGCGCGUGGCUAA